AUGGAGCACCACGGAGAAUGGCCGGCAAAGCCGGGCGUUGCAGAUCUGCCAUGGGCAUAUGAACUUCGGUCAUCUGAAGGAUUUGCCAUUUUUGCAGUGGCAGUUGCAAUGUUUGUGAUUGUUCCAAUAAUUCCCAAAGUACUAGGAGACAUUGGGAAUUUGCCUAGGGAAGAAAUUCAAACAUGGAUUGCCAUUCUACUUGCUUCAUAUGGGGCCACUUUGAUUAUUGGAUCUCGUAUGUCUCCGGAUUCAAUGAUCUUAACACUUGUUAUUGACGAAACGUUAGUUGUGUUUGGCUAUAUAUCAGAUCAUUCCCGCCAACGUAAACCAGCCUUUUUUAUAGGGCUGAUUUCCAUGGCUGGUGCAGUUGCUCUAUUUAUCAUUUCAACCUCACCUCCAGUGCUAGUUAUUGCGAGGCUUUUGCAGGGUCUGGCCGCUGGCGGUGUAUGGGUGGCAGGACUGGCACUUAUUGCAAAUAGAAUAAGCAGAGAGCGCAUUGGAGAGGCUAUGGGCCACACAACUUUGGGAAUGACAUGGGGAGGUCUUCUUGGUCCGUUUACCGGUAUCAUUUAUGAUAAAUUUGGAUAUUACGCUUCAUUUGCAAUCCCAUUAUCACUAUUAGGCUUGGAUGUGAUCCUACGUUUUGCUAUCAUUGAAGCCAACGGUUAUAAAGCGUGUUCUGGAGACUCAUCUGAGACGACUCCGUGCCUCGCGGAUAAUGAGAAUAAUGACGAAGCCUCACUUUUCCAACCUCCCUCACGGCUGGAUUCCGAGGCUCAACAAUCAAAGCCUGCUGUAGCACGAAAGCGCCUGCCACCGAUGGUGCAGCUUCUUCGAAAUCCAAAAAUACUAGUUACCCUGCUUGAAAUAGCUGUUGCAGCUUCUAUCCUGUCCGCCUUCGAGGCACGGUUUGGUUGGGGUUCGGCCGGAGCUGGAUUGAUAUUCCUCUCCAUAACAGUUCCCAGUACAGCUGGUAUCCUCAUCGGAAAGCUCGCGGAUAAAGUUGGCACUCGCUAUUUUUCACCGCUAGCUUUUCUGCUGGCUGGCCCUGCCGUCUUCCUUAUGCGCUAUGUGACAGGACCAAGCGUGCUGAAUGUCCUCUUACUUGUGGGCCUGCUAGCUGUGGCUGGCUUAUCGGUUGUCAUCAUAGAAGUGAUUACAAUGACGGAGGUCUUCCACUCAGUUAGUGACGCUGAGGCAACAACACCUGAGGCAUUUGGCCCGUAUGGAGCUGUUGCUCAGGCCUACGCAAUUCUGAAUAUAUCAUUUGCAUGCGGCCAAUUUGCAGGUCCCUUGAUCGCGGGACUAUUAAAGGAUGGUACAGGCUGGCAAGGCAUGACCCUUGCCCUCUCCUUGUGCUGUCCUCCCAUGGCUCUUUUUGUCGGGCUGUUUAAUUGGUGGACACAGGUAUCUACACCUGCUGUAGACCUGGAUGAAUAA